GAAACGUUAUCACGUGACGUCAGCAUCAUCGAGGUGUUUGAUAUAUCUAUGCUUCGUCGACCGUCGUCGUCGUCGUCGUUCUCACUGAAGCUCGAUUUCAAGUUGUGCAGUUUACGUGGAUACGUCUUCGCCAGCGCUAUCCUGACACAAAAGUAUUGAAAUCAUGUGGUUCGACGAGUGCGACGGCUUCGUCGAAUUAUGCCGGGGCUCUUUGCCGUACUACUUGCUCAUCGUUCUGCCAAUAUUUAUAAUUAUUGCACCGGCUAAUCCUGUUGCCGCGUCCCAUGAGUUUCCUGCAUUUCGCAUGAACCAGUAUGAUUUGCACGGCGUGCCACAUGGAUGCCGCAGUGCUUCCAUUUCUUUGGAAGCAAGAUCUGUAUCUGGAUGGAGUACUUCAAGACAUUGUGUUGUAGCUAGAGCUUUAGACUUGACUCCAGAUUCAUUCCAAGCUAUUAAAAAAAAAGCUGGAUCUUUAAUUGUAGUCUUGCCUGAAGAUUUGAGCUCGUUAAAUGAUGAGCAAAAAGAACAUAUUAUGGCCCUUGAAGUAGCCAUGAUGACUGUACCUGAAACUACAAUACCAGUUUAUUUCAGUAAAUGGAAUCCAGAACUUGAAGUAAUAUUGCAAGAUGUAGGGAAUAGUUUUAUUACUGACGAUAAAGCUGGCUCUGCAACGGAAGCUUUGUUUAAUUCUAUCACUGCCAGUGGCUAUCAAGUAGUUGUUCCUUCUGCUCAACCAGCAGUUAAGCCUGAUGUUAAAAUUUCAACUCUUCAUGGUAAACUUACUGGUUCUGGAUCAGAAGAUAAACUUCCUACUAUUGCGAUAGUUGCACAUUAUGAUAGCCAUGGUGCCACAUCAGAAUUGGCAUUUGGUGCUGAGAGCAAUGCUUCUGGAGUCUCAAUGUUGCUUGAACUUGCCAGAUUAUUUUCAGUGGUUUAUUCUGUUGGAAAAUCCAGGCCUCAUCACAACUUGGUAUUCAUUGUUACUGGAGCAGGUAAACUCAACUAUUUGGGAAGUAAAAAAUGGUUAGAAGAUCAACUUGAUGGCCUUGAAGGAUCUGUUAUUCAAGAUGCAUCAUAUGUACUUUGUUUGGAUUCAGUUUCUGCAUCAGAUAAACUUUAUAUUCAUGUCUCUAAACCACCCAAAGAUUUCUCAGCCGGAGGUCUACUCACUAAAGAGAUUAAAACAGUGGCAAAUAACUUGAACCACCCACCAGUUGAAGGAAUACACAAAAAAAUUAAUUUAGCGGACGACAGUCUUGCUUGGGAACACGAGCGUUACAGUAUUCGUCGUUUGCCUGCUGCCACUAUUUCUUCUCUUAGAAGCCACGAUGAUCCAAUUAGGAAAACAAUCUUGGACGUUUACUCCGACGAUAAAAUUGACAAAUUGUACAAACAUACGACAAUUAUUGCCGAAGCUCUCGCACGGCACAUGUAUAACGUUAGCUACAGCCAAAUAUUUUCUGAACCAUUGAGUGUAUCCAAAGACUCGUUAACAAUGUGGAUGAAAUAUUUAACAUCACAACCAAGAUCGGCUUCUUUGAUAAAUGAUAAACAUUCCCUUGUGAAUACCAUUAAAGAAUCAAUGCAAAAGUACCUCGGGGAAGUCAAGAUCACCAACCACAUUCCCGACAAACGAGAGCCUGAAGUUGUAUUUUACGACACCACCAAAGCAACUAUUAAUGUUUACAGUGUCAAACCUGCCGUUUUCGACCUUAUUUUAACGAUAGCUAUUCUUGUAUACCUUGGAUUCGUGUAUCUCGUCGUUUACAAUUUUUCGAAAUUUUACAAUUUUGCUACAAAAAUAUCUAGCGGAAAGUCGAAAUCAUCAUAAACAUCAACCAUUUGUACAUUAAAUACCCAAAACAAGAUUGCAGGAUUUAAACUUGCAUACCUUUGCAAAUUAGAGCACGCAAUUGAAUUUUCUUUGUUUUCAUUAUGAGGGAACAUUUUACAAGAAUACGCAGUUGAUUCUGUGAAGAAAAUUGUUCACUUAUUAAACAUUCUCAAUUAAUGAUAGAAUGGAACCCAUAAAAAACAUCGAUUUAUAAGUAAUGAUGUUUUGUUGAAUUUUUUUCGCUCUUGUUACCACCAUAAGAGUGAUAAGAUUUGAAAUUGAAUAAGAUCUUUUUAGAAAUUUUAUUCGCAAACAAUAAGUCUAAGUUGUUUAUUUAUUAAGAAUAGUAGCAUAAAAUAGUAACAAAAUAUUUCGUAAUUUUUAUGAAAGGUUUUGAAUUUAAAUUGUACCAUUAGUGUCAUUUCUCGCUUCAACUCUGAUGAUUUUUAAAUAUUUUCUACAAACCCCGCAUUUAUAAUUUAAUAAAAACUACUUAGCAAUUGGUAAGAAAUGGAAUCUACUCAAGAAGCGAAUGCACAAAAAUUGAAAAGAUGGAAAUUUUAAUUUCGCGUUGAGCAAUAAUGUGCAGACCUGAAUUUGACGAAUAAUUUUUGAUUAUUGGAACUGAAAAUAAAAAAGUUUAAAGCAAUCACUGUGAUGAAUCGUGUAUCUAAAAAUGAAGCUACUUUGAGGUAAAUUAAUGUAUGUACGUUUGCACUUUAAAACACGAAUGCACAGAUAUAUUUGUUUUGGGUAUGAAUGCGUUAACGGGUGAUUUACCGAAGUCUAGAGAGCAUGAAAAAUCUGCCAAUACAUUCGUACGUGAAAAUGGAAUUCUUUUAAUUUUAUAAAAUGAAGAAAUUCAAGUGCUGUGUAUCGUGAUCAGUAAGACUGAAAAAAAUUACUGCGCGUUUGUUCAAGUCGAGCAUGCAAUGAAAUAGGAUAUAUUGUAAAAAAUACUUGUAUAUUAAACUAUCGAUAGCAAUUACAUGUGUACUCUCUCGAUAGAAAUUGUAGAGUUUCCAGGAGCAUAAAUGAUUUUGUAAUAUAUAUAUUUAUGAAUUUCCAAUAAAUGAGUAAAUGUCAAA